AUGUUAGCAACAACAGCACCAAACUCGUUAGUCAUGAACCCAACUUCUAUGUUAGUAGAGAUGAAAAGCUUCAUUCCUUCUUCAUAUACUUUCGAAACAGAAAUCCAGAAGAUAAAGCAAGAACUUUUAACAAAUAAUUUAGACUGUAGUGCGAAAGAUGAAACAAAUGAACAGUAUCUUUAUGAAAUGCAGGACAUUAUUGACCAUUUACCUAAACUUCCUGAAAUACAACAACAAAAGCUCACUAUUCCAGAAUUCGAUGAAAUAGAAGUCAAAGCAACUGACUCAGUAGAAAUAAAGAAGUUCAUACGUAAGGUUAACUAUGAGUUUCUUGGAUUUCAUUGCAACCACAAAGUUAUGGACAAAGAUUGCGACAUGGUUUAUAAAAAUAUUUCUGACCUUUACAAAUCUGAAGAAUUUAAGACCUACGACAACUUUGUUUCGUUAGUUGCAAAAUGUGUAUGGCAGAUAAGAGAUAAAGAUAAAAGAGGUAAGGUAUGGAACGAACAGAUAAAACCAGUAACUUUUGAGUUAAAGAAAACCAUUGACGCCUUAGUCAUACUUGCAGGUAAGAUUUCAAUGUACAAUGCUAAAAUGAACCCACAAU